AUGGGUGCUGCUGGAUCAGCAGAUGACAUUAAUGCUAUGGAAAUUCACCACUGGUACACAAAGUUUAUGAAGGAGUGCCCAUCCGGACAGCUUUGCCUGCAUGAAUUUAAACAUGUCCUGGAUCUACACGGACUUACUCCUGAAGCUAACAACUAUGUUGAACAAGUAUUUCACACAUUUGACAUGAAUAAGGACGGAUUUAUAGACUUCUUGGAGUUCAUAGCUGCCAUAAAUUUGGUUAUACGAGGGAAAAUUGACCAAAAAUUGAAAUGGUAUUUCAAGCUAUACGAUGCUGAUGGAAACGGAUGCAUUGACAAAAAAGAACUAUUAAGCAUAUUCAGGGCUAUCCAGGCUAUUAAUGGCUACACCAACAUGACUGCUGAAGAGUUCACAAACAUGAUAUUUCAGAAGAUAGAUGUGAACAAUGACGGGGAACUGACUUUAGAAGAGUUUAUCAAUGGUGUGGAAAAAGACGAGGACCUAAUGGAAUUGAUUACAAAAAGUUUUGACCUUUCCAACGUACUCAAAGUCAUACAGAACGGCAGGAGAAACAGUGUCUGA